UCUGGUGCUGGCAGCAGCUCUCAUGGUUAUUUAUUUAUUUGAAGCAUCAGUUUAGCUCUCUGUGCUCAUGUCUUUAUAGUGAAUCUAGUUAUUCUUUUUUGCCAAUUGUAUUUGCAUCAUUGUUUCAUUUCUGCUUCAGGCUUCUUUUGCUCUGGCUGAAAGGUUAUUCUUUCAAACUUUAUUUGGAAGAAAUGUGCUGUGUACGCAAUAUCCGUUUGUGUGAUACAGCUGGUAGAGCUUUUCAUUUCGACCUUAUAUAAGCAGUGGUGUCUGUUUUGUUACCAUAUCUGAUGUAUUGUCUUGUUCAGGAAGUACAUCUAGAAAGCAUUCUUACAAUGAUGACAGUCCCUGAAGUUCUGCAUAAUGUCCCAGUUCUAUACUUCUGCUUAUGGUUCACCUUCAAAUACUAGUAUAUGGCAAAUCAUCCUUCGGAUGCAUCAUGUACUAUAAAGGGAUAUGAAUCCCAAUCAUUGUCAUUGGACCAGAAGGGUGCUUCUUUGGCCAUCGCUGAAAGAUCUUCUAAAGAUGAUUAUAACUGGCGAAAGUAUGGUGAAAAGCUAGUUAAGGGAAGUAAGUUUCCACGGAGUUAUUACAAAUGUACUCAUCCCAACUGCCAAGUGAAGAAGAAGUUGGAGCGCUCUCAUAAUGGGUUGGUUACUGCGAUGAUAUAUGAAGGUGUCCAUGAUCAUCCAAAGCCCCAGCCAAGCCGUCGACAGUCAGUUGGUGCUUCAAGUAUUGCACAAGAAGGAAAUGAUAAAGCGGAAGUCUUGCCAGCAUCAACCGGAAGGGCAUUUAAUCAGUUAGAAGCGGAUGGAACUCCUAGACCAUCUUCUCUGUCAACAAGUGAUGAUGAAGGUGGUGAAGGGACUUCUGCUCAUGGAGACAAAUUGGAAGAUGAGGGCGAUGAAGGUGACCCAGAAUCAAAGCGCAGGAUAAUGGGAUCUUCUCCUCUGGACGGAAUAACUAUCAGAACAACUAGCGAUCCACGAGUUGUAGUGCAGACAAUGAGCGAAGUUGAUAUCCUUGAUGAUGGGUAUAAGUGGCGGAAGUAUGGACAAAAAGUAGUGAAAGGGAAUCCAAAUCCAAGGAGCUACUACAAAUGCACCAAUGCUGGAUGCCCAGUUAGGAAGCAUGUGGAGAGGGCAUACCAUGAUCCAAAGUCAGUUAUUACUACUUACGAGGGAAAACAUAAUCAUGAUGUACCCACUGCAAGUGCGACCAGGCAUGAAAUUUCCAUGCAUAUGGCAGUGCAGAGUGUCAGUAGUCUCAAUGGUGGUAGCCCAGUGGCCCUGAGCCUUGUGAUGCUAAAGCCACCAAAUCACAUUGAAAAUGGGAGGGCUCCGUUAUUUCCUACUGCAUCUAAUGUAGUUAGUCUAGAUUUAGGUGUUGGCAUUGGCCAGCUUCCUGAAACUAGUUGCAUUAAGGGGCAGAAUCUAACCGAAACAGAAGACAUGGCCGAAAAUAUCCAUGGUGCUAACUUGACCAAUUCAGGUCUUGAAAGUCCGAUUCAAUCUGCUGGGACACUGCCCUUCUAUGGAAAUUGAACCACGGAACAAACCAGCAUAUCGUUACAGGGUUACAGAACAGGGACACAUGCUCAGCUUUGACCUGAUCUCACAGUCGAGCCCAUUCGGUUAGUGGGUUUCGUCAAGGUGCUGUAGAUAAGUGUUGAACCAGAAAUAGACACAAGUCGUGUCCAAUCAUUUGAGCAGGGACCAACAAUUCGGUUGUGAUCAUCUAGUACACGGGCUGUUUUGAACGCAGUGAUAAAUUUUCUUCUCCUUUCAGGAAAAUGAGGGCCAAAGCUUCAUCCCAUGUCCGUGAUAUAGCUUCCUUUAAAGGCUGCCAUUUUCUAUAUGUUGAUUUAACAGCAGGAGGUUCCAAGUAGCUUCGUGUACUUGUUUGCCUGUGGUUGGGGAUUAAAUUUUUUACUUGUUGCUCGCAUCCUACUAGCAAUUCAUGUUGCUCGUGGGGUUAGAUGUGUUAUCACGUACCAUGGAGAUAAUGAAGACAGUGCAGAAAGCAUGACCAAAUUUCGGGAUUGAAUGCUGCUGCUGGAGGUGUAAAAGUCUGAUAGUGAAAGUGCUCUAUAUAGAAGGGCUAUAUGAAUGUCUGAGGCAACAUUUUUUCAUGUCCUUGGUUUAUAUUUUAUUGGAUGUAAUGAUGCGGAAAGUACUGAAGGAAGCCUUUGCAUUUCUGGUAUUUCCAUCCAAUUCGCAAACGUACUCCCUUCAUGAGUCCAACUGGAUUGUUCAUGGUAUUUGGGCCACUAAUUGAAAUUAUGAGGGAACUCUGCCCAGGAUAGGGGAGAUCUGCAUCAAUUCCUGACAAUUUCAUCAGCCUAGUUGUAUAUUCCAGCUAACUUUCUUACCCUCUCCAUCAUUCUCUUCGGGAACAUCCGAUAAAAUUGGAAUGAUACAGAGAAGAUUGGUAAUAUUGGAACGAUACAGAGAAGAUUGGCAUGACCCCUGUGCAAUGAUGACAUGCACA